AAUACGGUUUACAUAAAAUGAAGUCAAUCCAAAAUGAUUCGUGUUCGUUAGUAUUACUGAUGUAUCUAUUAAAAUAUCCACAGACUGAUAAACGGUAAUUAGGUGUUUUGAAAUUUUAUUAGCAGGUGUGAAUAUAAUUUGCCUUUAAUUGCAACUCUUAUCUACGAUAUCUGAACGUGAACGGGAUCAAGUGUACACUGGGUGUCAUUUUACAUAAAGCAAUACAAGCCGUUAGACAUAUAUGAAAUGAAAGCUUUGUAAGCUGUCAUUUUUAAUCCAUCGUUGCUAACCUAUAUCGCUCUUUAAUUGUCAUUCUAUAAAUUACUUAGAAUUUGAUUGUAACAGUAUUCUCAUUCGAAUUUGCUUUCCAAACUUGUGUUUGUAUUGUGUGCACACUUGCAACUACCUACUUCGGUAGUCUAGUCACCAGUGAGUAUCACUCACUACAAGCUUUGCAGUGCCAUGUGCGGAAAAAUCAAGGAAAUUCGACGGAGGUACAACUAGUUGUUCCCUUUUCUUAUCUCUGCAGUAUGUUUUCAAGCGGUUGUAGGUGUCACAUUACUUCCUCAGUUUGUUCCAGCAUUUUACGUCACAUGAUCAAAGGCUGUCAUGUGUUAUGAACUACAUGUCUUGAGUAUUAUUGUUUUGGAUUACCAAAACUUCACUCGUCAAAUUUCCUGGAUUUUACACAGAAUUCACAUUUAGUCAACUUCAUAGUAUAUUCUGGUACACGUGUACAUUGGGUCAACUUUCAAUACCCCAUUAGCAUAGAUGAAAAUGUCAGGUCGGAGCUCAAAGUAGCGUCAAACCAUUGGUUGCCUGUUGCGUCAAAUUUGUAAACGUUAUUCCCCACCGACCUGUUUCUGCCUCGUUUAUUUUAGAUGUGUGGAUGGAUUAAAACGAUCUAUGCAUUUAUUCUGAGUCCGUCUCUUCAAAACCUGAUGCUCUACAUUUAGCACUUCAAUGUGUUGGUACUAAUAGUACCUCGAUUUUCUUGCUGAUGACCUUGCCGAUUUCGUUACGAUGUCGUUAUCAGGAAAAGCAACUUGAUCACCCUCCGUCCUAGUACUCAUUUUUUAUUAUAAGUUAACCUUGUUUGAUUGCAAAAAAAUUUUGUACAGCAAUAUCUAGAAGGUAUGGUGUAAUUCGUAACCAUAUCAGGGUAUGAAGAACCAAAACAAAGUAGGCUAGACUAAAAUGGAAAUACAACGUAGCGAUUCGAAUAACCAUAAGGUACGUCUUUCUGUUUACAUGAAGGAUAACUACUUCGCGAUCACCUAUUUCUGUUCUUCAUACAUAAUGCCUUAUUGAGCUCAAAGUUUCCGUCGUAAAAGUCAUGAUACGUGAGUAAAUACUAAAAACCGAAGUGUGAAUUUCUACUCCAUUGCAAAUUGACCACCUUAAAACUACGACUCAACACUAGCAAUUGCGAAUAGUAUAUAGCAAACAAGCCCAAGUUACUGAAACGUGUUUCACGUUGGAGUCACUGUAUGUAAAAAAUUUCUCAACUCCGCCCAUAUUCUGGCGACCGCCCUUUAAAGGCUUAGUUUUAGUACAACAACCGUGAUAGUAUAAACUGACAUUUCGUGCACUGAUUUGUUAUUGACAAUAUAGAAAAAAAGUUUCACAUCCACUGAAGUACAUGAAGUUAGUCAUUAUCUAAUUUCCUAACCCUGAUUGGAUAGUGUUAAAUGGUCAAAUCAAGUUAUUCUUAUUAAAACUGGCGAACUAUAGCUCAUUGUAUUUUGUAGCAUUUAACUGUGAAAAUCUUGUUCAGUGCAUCUAACGGGUCUCCAGUAUUUUAUAAGGGUGUUUUGUCCAUCACGUAUAUUUUUUCUAUUUAAUAUGGUAAUUUUCCUCCAGUUUAUGCAAACUUGAUUAUCAAUUUAGCUCGCUAAAACUUUUUUUCAGCUUUUAAUCCCACCCAGUGUUCACAAUCGCCACCGAAUAUGGCUGGAUUCAUCCCGUCCAUGACGAGUGGUUUCUCUGGGUUUCACUUCGUACAUAAACUUCGAGAAAUUAUUGCGUGAAUAACUAUUCCGAUUUCAUUUCAUUUUCACUGUAUAUUUAAGCAAACUGUAUUCCUGUUUUCGGGUAUUCACUCUUUUCUAAUUUUUAUUAACAAGCAUUACACAUAGUUUUGCCUUGCGUCAUUUUUAUGAAAUGUCCCAUUAUUUGUUAUGCGAGACACUAUGCUCUCAAGGGGUUUCAUUAACGAAUAUUUGCUUAAAAGAGGAUUUAACUAACAUCAACUUUGACUCUUUACAAAUAAUCUAUUAACAAAUCAGUCGGAACUAUUGACCGAUUUCAAAAUGAUUUUUCUUUAGUUUUGAUCUAGAUAGUAGGAUAAAUCAUUUCAACCGAAUAAGCGCUAACAAACACCGAUCUGUCAUAAAUACUGGACGAUAAUUACUAACAUCUCUGCUUCAUGUAAUAAGUAACGAUGCCAGUAUAAUAUUCAAAAUCAUAUUCUUCCACUGACGCUCGAAUAUCGGAACUAAGCUACGAAAACUGCUACACAUUACCUUAACUAUUAGUCGAUUACGGUGUAGAAGACUUCAGAAUUUAAUAAAUCAAUUUCACAAAUCCGAAGCAAGGCCGACGUAGUACUCGAUCGGUAUUGCACGUAUUCUUAUAGUGACUAAUUCUGAAAAUGUACUAUGAAAAUUGACCUCAGCACGUUUAACUACUAAAAUGUAGUUGAAGUCUACCUUAAUAGCUCUUUUGCCACAUAUUUCCCAAAAGUCAGGCACAUUUCCAAUUGCUCUAUUAGAAUAACGUCUUCAUUACUAGGAAAUUAAUUCAUUGACAGUUCACUAGUUAGUACAAACACAUGCAAGUUCAUUAUCUAUCCUGUUGCACAAAAUAAAGUACGGAUCUGAUAGUCUCAAAGCUCUGUUCUCGAGACCUAGGAUUCGUCAAUAGUCUGAUGAGUUGAAAUACAUUUUUAAGUCUUGAACCACUUUCUUAGUACGAAUAGUCAUCCUUAUAUCUGAGGAAGUCGUGAGAGGUUUUUCUCACUUAUAAACUUAAAUAAAGAGAGAAUUUCGCAGCAGAUCAUCUUAAAAGUUGAGCACGUAACUCGCACUUCGACAAAAUUUACGUCUGGUCGAGUGCACUUUCACUCCCGAAAACUAAAUUACUAAGCUAUCACCGCACUUAGAUUCCACGCAAUAGUGACGUCAGACCACAAUGACUAACUAUCGGUUCGACGAGGAUCCGACAACAGAGUUUUCGGCUGUAUUCAAUGCAACACUCGUAAGUGGUUGAGGAUUUUAAGUGACGUUGCAAAAUAUGGUGUGUCCACCGAUUGACGUUCGUUAGUUCUGUUCUUGAACGCCAUCUUCCGAUUUUAAAUUACUUCCACUGCUGGUAAGUAUGGACGUAAAGUUCUCUAACGUAACUGAGAAGUCGUGUAUGUGAUAUCAGUUUGCUAGGCAGACGGCCUAUCGUAACUUCGUAAUCGACCCGAGUGACUUGGUUGUACGUAGUAUAAUAUCACGAACUUGAUCGUUAUUAUGAGGUCAUAAAAGCUGGUGUCAACAGUGCAAGUGCAGCACUGUUUGAGACAUGGAUCCUCGUAUAUGUGGCGCCAGUUAGUUGAACGCUAUAUCAAGCGGACUGUAUGCAAAUUGGUCUAGAUGCUCGUUCACUUCACGACGACGGGAGCACGGUCACACAUCGGACAACUUUUUGUGUGCAUCGUCUAGCUAUAGCGUCACGACAACUAGUUUGCUCACCUCGGUUUGGAGAUGCACUUGAUACUCGAUUACUGACCGAUUUAUGAUUCUCAUCACCGUCUGCAUUCCGUAAGUUAGUAGUUUAUUCUUGGACAUAACCUGUGGUUGACAUACAGGCAUCUGUCAUCGGGAUAAUUUUUCUUCAUUUUCAGGCUGUUACAGAACCAAUAAGGCUGCUCGAGGCUUACAGUGAACAUUUGACGGACUCCGGUGGUAUUAUGCAGCAGUCCGUCUCGGCAUUGGUGGAGUUGAUGUCGUCAGCCAACCGCAAACUUGUUCCAAAAUGUAUUUCUUUGUGUAUUAUCGCUUCGUCGUCUCCAGAAACACAAUUGCAGUUAUGUAAAGAUGGCGCAUGGGAAAUAUUACUCAAAUGGCUUCAAGAAGCCCUCAAAGAGGAUAACUACGCAUUUCUGUUAGAGCUCUUAAAAGUGUACUUGCUACUCCCGGUGAGAUUGGAACAGCUUACACAGAAUGUCUGUCCCAAACUAAUAAAUUCUCUGACGAAACGUUGUGAUCAUGAAGGUAAUGUGCACUAAGGCAUAAUUAAGUCCGUAAUAGAGGUAAAAUCUGUGGCUGCUGAGAUUGUAAAAAAAUGGAAGGAAGUUAUAAGUUCUGAUUCCCGCCAGUUGGUCUCAAACCAUGUAAAAAGGAAAAAAGUAGAAACUGAAACAAAAACAAUUAGCAAAGAUGCUCAGUCGCAUGAGACAAUAAGAGAUGAGAAAAAACGCCGAAGUACUGUUAAAAUACCCCCUAACAAUAUGCGGACAGCAGGUAUGGAGGACACACCUGCACAAGCCCAGCCUAAAUCUAGAUCGGAUAUAUUCGCGAAGAAAAACAAAAUCGAACAUGAUAAUAGUCUGACAUCUGAGCUCCCGAUUGAAUCCUUCCAUCAAAAAAUAACUGUUACUCCGACGGAAUCUCGCAAAGAGAUUCACGAGAGUUCGGAUUUUAUCAAUGCACUCACUACUUCUCCGUGUCCCGUUGUUCGAAAAAAGAGAAAAAUAUCUCCUAAAAUCGAGCCAGUUGUACAAACAGAUCUCUCCACUAGCAAAGAAGAAAAUUAUACGGAGUUAUCUGAUCAAAGCAGUGCACUUGAUUCAUUUUCAAACUCACCUAAGGGAAUGGGCUCCAGGAAAUCCUCAUUGUCCAACAUUUAUUCGACUUUCACUGCUGAGAAUAAACCUAAGAAACGAGUGUCUUGGGCUGAUGAGGACAAACUACAAUCUUUCUACUAUUUCGAGCUAGAUGAGUCUGAGAGAGUUAACGUGAAUCGAGUAUCCAUUGAGGAUAUUCGUCGCAAGGAACAUUCCAUGGAACGUCAGCUUUUCAAACGAUCCCAUGAAGACACCGAUGUCUAUUCUCAAAAGUGGCACCCUCCUUGUCCAUUAGAACGACUUCUCUUGGUCGAACCCGGCUGUAAAUCUAUUGAACGUCAGAUUCAAUUAGAACGAGAACGUUGUGUUCUGCAAGCAAUUUACUUUACUCGUGAAAGUAUUCCAUAUAGUCCAGAAGAGCCUGAUGCAGAAGUUGUCGAGCAUAUCGCUCCUCUUGAUAUACCCUUGGAUGAUCUUACUGCCUACGAAUCAAUUGAUAAAAGUUCUGAAGUUAAUUCUGAGAGGCUAUUGGUUAUGAAAGAUGCCAUGGGAAAUCCACAGAUGUCAUUAAAUCCUGAGGUUGCUAACCUAGUCAAGUCACUGGCGGCCAACCUCACUAGUUCUCCAUCUGAUCUUGUUCAAAAGAUGCCACCUCAAAUGAACCCCGUCUUGACUACAACAUCUUGUUCUGAUUUCAAUUUACAACCAAAUGCUUUCGUUCCUGUUUCCAGCGACACAAAAAUGAACGUAAAUAGUCCGAAUUCUGAAUCGGUACAUGGAAUUAACGCUCAUUCUCCAAUUGAUCAAAUGCUACAAAGAGAAUUGUGGGAAGUCUUGGAGCACAACUAUCCAGACAUUAAUGUUCAUGACUUAAGUGCGGAGCGCAUUCGAGAUCUACUCGAACCUUUACGUGAUCAACUCGUUGCUCGAGGUAUUUUUCAGCUUCGUAACCCAUGCCCACCAAAACCACCUCUUCAGUAUCCUGACUGUCCAGUCGAUUCUCCUGUCCCACGCCAAGGCUUCCGCCCACCUUUCCAUGGUCUUUCGCGUAUGCCUGUCCCUGUUCCUAGAUCCGAUUUUACACCACCUCCCCAUGGACCAAGAUUAUGCCCCCCUAAUCCUUCUGGCUAUGGGCCUCCGAAUCGAAUGCCUAAUAGACCAUCCUUUCACUCGAUGAAUCCCACAUUACCUCAUCUCAUUCCUAAUACGAUGCCCCCUUACAAUGGUCCUCCGACAGCUCCUCGAAUACCUGCUUAUCCUCGUGGAAACUCUCAUGCUAGGAAUAAUGGUCAGCCUUGUAAGUUCUUCCAACAAGGAGGAUGUCGUAACGGUCACUCUUGCAACUUCAUGCACUCUCGAUGAGAAAUACAACUAUUUUCACUGCUGUUUCUUGUCCUUAGCUCUGUAAAAAUCACUUAGAUUUCGAUUUAUGCAUUUUAAUUCAAAAAUAUCAAACUCUAACACUACAUCACUUAAACUUUACUGGUUGUAAAUAAAAUGCUAAACGUCUUGUAUAGUUUUCUUUUACAAUAGAAUAUUUAUUUUAUGAAUUUC